CUUUUUUCCGCCCUGCGCGCAUGUGCUUGCUCGCCACCGGCGCUUCCCCCUUUGCCGCGAGCGCUUUCCAGGCGAGCCUCGUUUCCAAAGUGACUGGGAAAAGCACCGCUCGAGUCGCUGCCGCUUUGGCUUGGCCCGCCGGAGGAGUCCCAGCCAUGCCCGCUCCGCCGGCCCGCUUCUGGGAGCUCCGGGCGGCGCUGCUCUGCGCCCUACUGUGCGCGCCAGCCUUACUCCCCAGCCAGGCAGGGGACUGUAAAGAUCUGGAGUCAUGUAAACAAUGCACUGAAGGUUCUCCUUCCCAGAAUAUUACAAACUGCAUUUGGAAACACUGUCAGGAGCCUCAUGAGAAGCCAGGUACGGGGAGCUGCGUGAAGAAUGGAGAAGCGUUGAAGGAGAAAUGUUCAUUUUUCAACACCACUGUCAGCUGUGAAGAACGAAAGCUAACUACCACAGAGCAUCCCCACCCAACCACAAAGGAGCCUCUACAACAAUCUUCCAAGGAGCCGAAGGUUCCCACGCUUGGCUCGACCACCGGCCCACCAGAAACUCUCCCACCCGAGUUCUACCCUCCCGGCUUCAACUCUGCCAGCUUCAUUGGAGGGAUUGUCCUGGUGCUCAGCAUCCAAGCUGUCGCCUUCUUUGUUUUGAAGUUCCUCCGGUCGAAGGACAACACCUACCAGACACUGAUCUAAAGGCUGAUCUCCAGGGAGAUGUUUUGACGUAUUAUCGUUUUGGCUGGAAGAUCACUUGGAGAAGAUGCCGGUUUGGCCAUGUUUGGAAGCCAGGACAUUCUCUUUCCAUCUGGUGGAACGUCCAAAGGAGAUAAUCUUAAAAAAUCUGCACCUCAGCACCCUGUUACCAAGCACACCGUGCUUGGCUUGGAGAUAUGGCUCCUCUAGACUCGAUGCAGAUGUGGUAAUGUAUACGGUGUAAAUGCAUAUCCACAAGACCAAACUUCGAGCUGCAGGAAACUUCAUCUGCUUGACUGCGGAUGUAUAUAACUCAGAUUAAGCAUCUCUUCAACCAACUGGACUUUUUUCUUUAUGGUCAUCUCUUCAUUGUAAUUAUUCACAUUCUAAUCCCAGAAAAAGCCUUUGAUCUCUUUCUCGAUACGACGGAUGAAGUCCUGACUUUGCAUCUUAGGAAUUUACUUUAACUCUUGAAAUCUUUUUUUCUGACCUUUUUUAAAUUUCUUUCCUGAUAUUGUAAGCAGUGCUACAACAGAACAAUAUACACAGUUCACACAUUCACAGAUUAGGUUGCUAAUCCUUUAAAAAAAAAAAUACCUGGCAGUCCUAAGGAUUAACAACAUGAUCUGCUAGUUUUAGCCAGAUCAAAGCAUGUUCCUGCUUUCUAGCAAAGCUAAACCGCGCGGCAUAGUUGAUUCCCCCGCCGUGGCUGUUCUACUUACCUUCCCAAGCCUCCUUUUGGUGCAUGCUGCGCGUGUGUGCAUGUGCAGUACGCGCCAUAAGGAGCCUUGGGAUGGUAAGUAGAACAGCGGGAGGGAGGGAUCAGCUAUGCCGUGCAGUUUAGCUUCACUAGAAAGCAGGAUUUCCUACUUUCUAACAAAACUAAACCAUGCGGCACAGCUGAUCAUCGGAGCAUAGCUUUCUUUAACUACCAGUUUGCCUGAACUGGUAGCUUUUUUCCCCCUACCAGUUCGACCGAACCGGUAGUUUUUAUCACUACCAGUUUGCCUGAACCAGAGCGAACUGGUAGCAUUUCACCCCUCGUUUUAGCUAUGAUGUCAGUGUAAAACUUUUUUUUCUUAAAAAAAAAAAUGUGAGUGCCCCAUUCCAGCCUCUCCCCUGAUUACUCAAAUGUUUGUUUUUCAAAUCUAACGGCAAACGUGGAAUAGUUGCGCAACCUGAACUGCUUCGAUACAUGUCGAUUUAGCCAGUCGCUUUUUCGAUAUAGGUACCUUAUUCAGAGGUUAAAAUGCUUGGGUUCCUGGUGUUAAAUCGAUUGUGCAGAAAGGCAAGGGGUCUCCUUCACACGUAUGUUGUUUUCUGAUGGAGGAAUUGCAGGCCACGGGAGCAGAAACCCAGCAGGCUUUGUGUAACCCAACGGAAAUUCAGCUUCAGUUGAGCUUCUCUGAAAUUGCCUGCUUAUUUAAGAAUGGAUCCUUGAAAGCACCUGUCCUUUAGUACCUUUUCGAGAAGCAGAGGGAUCCCUUGCUACAAACCGGCAGUGAAAGUGGAGGGGAGGGGGGAGGAAAAAACAAGCAGCUUUUUCAAAUAAAAUGCAAUAUUUAUGGA